AUGUAUUUGCAUCUCUUCCUGGUUGGACUGUCGCUGUUAUUCUCAGGAGUUUCUUCCACAGAUGCUCAAUCUAAUCAAGUCGAUGCUUUUGCUGAUGGAGACGUCAUCCUUCCCUGCACCUUCAACAUCCCAGCUAAUGAAGACAUUCCCACAGUGGAGUGGUCCAAAGUGGUGGAAGGGUCCAAGCCAGUAAUCGUCUUCUUGUACCGCGACGGCUGCGAGACCUUCGGGAUGAAGGAUCCAGACUUCGAGUACCGGACGAACCUCAUCUUGAAACGGCUGCAAAACGGGAACUACUCACUGAGAAUCUCCAAACUGAAGCUGUCCGACUCCGGAACGUACCAAUGUUUGGUCAUCCAAAAGAACGGAACCAAAGAACAAACGAGUGGAGCUGGUGAUUCGUGGUCUGAGCCGAAGCUUUCUGUGGUUUCUACCGACGGCGGAGAAGUGACCGUUGAGUGCAAAGCCCUCUGCUGGAGGCCAGCGCCGCUUAUGACGAUCCUGGACAAUGAAGGAAACAGAUUGACUGAAGAACCGGCGAAACAAGAAGAAGAUCCCAGAGGAUGUUACAACACGAAGCAAAAUGUCACCCUGCUAAAAGCAGUAAGCAGAGGGAGCUAA